UAAAAGCAGUUCAGUGCUUUCGUCCUUGUCACAAGCUGUCAAGCGCUCACGUCACUUAAGCUGUAAUCCUUCUUUAAACCACAAAUAUUGGACAAAAUGUCGACUUUGGGCAAGGGGAUCUGUAUCAUCACGGGAGCCUCCAAAGGGUUCGGACGGGCGCUGGCUCAUGAGGUGUCUCCCUUGCUGGAGCCGGGCUCGGUCCUGCUGCUGGUGGCUCGCUCCGGGGCUUUGCUGCAGGAGCUGAAGGAAGAGCUGCACAGCUUCACUGACAAACAGCAGCUGGCGGUUCACUGCGUCGCGGUCGACCUGGCCACGAGAACAGGGGUGAAUGAGACGGUGAGGAUAGUGAGGCAGGAGGCUGAAAACAAAAUUGACCAUGUGCUUCUCAUCAACAAUGCGGGCUCCCUGGGUGACAUUUCUGAGUUCAGGAGUUUCACUGACAUCGAAACGGUGAACUCCUAUCUGUCCUUCAACGUGAGCUCAGCUCUGGCGCUGACAGCCGGCGUCCUGCAGGUCUUUCCGUGCCGAGUUGGCCUGCGAUGGAGCGUGGUGAACGUCUCUUCGAUACUAGCACUGAACGCCUUACCGUCCUGGGUGUUGUACUGCACCGCCAAAGCAGCCAGGCACGCGGUUUUCAGCGUGUUGUCAAAGGAGGAGCCCAAUGUCAAAGUCCUCAGCUAUUCACCAGGGCCCAUGGACACAGCGAUGCAGGUGGAUAUUCUGAGGUUAACAGGCAUCCGUCACUGUCUGUAUCCCUGCCAGGAGUCUGCAGCCAAACUGAUUAAGUUGCUUCUUGACAAUGACUUUACCUCGGGGAAACACCUUGACUUCGUCGAUGUGUGACGUCAACAUAAUUGUGAAUGACGAACCGCUAUCAAUUGUUGUAUCUCACUCCCUCACUGAAGUUAGAUUUUAGAUGUGUGUGUGUGUUUCAGUGGAGAAGCGUGAGCGUUUGCCACGGAUGACCCGUUUAAAACUUGUGCCAAGCAGCAAUCAAAAAGAUAUAAAUGCUCAAAAUGUUGAUCUCGAGCUUCGUUAGAUCCUCGACAAUUCAACUGUUUAGUUAAUUCAACUGAACCAUGACUUUUCAUUCUGAGAAUUCAUUCAGAUUUCAUAAACCAGCAAGAUAGCCUGGGACCUAGAUGAAUUCUGGGAGCUCAUUUCAUUUGCUCCGCCGGACUCGGAUGGAUCCCCUCCAUUGGGAAGUGAUUUCCCUCUGGCAGAAACCUUGCCGGUCCAAUCACAACCGAUUAUCUUGAUAAUGGCCGGGAUUUAUACCAUGACCCAGAGGCUUUUAUACCAACAACCAAGGCUGGUACUAACAUUUGACUAAAAGGACCCAAUAUUUUCGAAUUUCUUCCACAAAAAGAGACAUUGUGAAAUCAUCACCACAGGCGUCUCCUCUCUGCUCGAGUCUGUUGACAUUUUCUGUGUCGCUCAACAGUCGUCACAUGAUUCGUUGCUCUCACCGGUUGUAGAUCACAAUUGCUUCCGGAGACAUUCUGGUCUGGGUCCCUUGGAAAUCGAAAAUGAACUAUGAAUGAAAUCUGUCCUGUAAUUGGAGAGUUAUACUGUCAGGAUUAAGCAGGAAGCAGGACCCAAAUGCAGAGGUGAUAAAAAAAGGAUAUUUAAUAAUAAAACAAAAAAAGAGUCAAACCAAGGGUGUCCACGAGAUGUAGCAAAAAACGAUAAUCCAAAUACUGGAGCCAGGGGGGAAAGCAUAGACACAGACCGGGGGAGGAUGACAGGAACAGACGUCUCAGGACAGACUGGGGAAAACACAACAGGCAGGAACCGGCAGGAACAGACCGGGCCACACAACAAGAAAAACAGACGAUCCAACACUGACAAAGGGAAGCACAGAGACUUAAUACGCACGAGGAGGUCGGGGCAAUUAGAACACAGGUGAGACACAUUAGGAACAGGUGCAGACAAUCACAGGGGCAGGAGACACUGGCAAAGUAAAGAAAACAGGAAGUGAAACAACACAAGGAACUAAUUCAAAAUAAAACAGGAAAUGAAAACACAAGAUCAUGACAUCUACUCUGCUAGUACAAUAAAACGUCACUUGAAUAUGUUCCUUUUGUACAUUUCAGACAU